CACUCUUCAAUCUUCAUACAUGGCUUUGAGAUCCCCAUUUCGUUCGUCUUCAAUCUCUCAAAACUCAUCUCUGAAAGGGAACAUUUCAUCUUUGUUGGCUCACUUACACAACCUCACAACUUCAAGCUCCAAAAAUGAAGUCUUGUAUUCUUUCGAAAAACCCCUUGAACGAUCCUCACUUGCAAAAUUCCUCAAAGAAAAUUGUCGAUCGGGCAACUUUACUCUGAAUGAAGCAUUGAACUUUUUUUAUUACAUGAUUAAUUUGCAACCUAUUUCUCCAAUUUCAUCAUUCACUACAUUGUUUAGUGCACUUGCAAAGAAGAAGCAUUAUUAUGAAGUGAUUUCGCUUUAUAAGUGGUUGAAUUCAACUGGGUUGUCUCAAGAUUUGAUUUCUUUUAAUGUUUUGAUGAAUUGCUUCUAUGAUAUUGAAAGGGUAUGGGAUAGUUUUGCGGUUUUUGGGGUGAUUUUGAAGAAGGGUUUUAGCCCAGAUUUGGUGACCUUUACUUGUUUGAUCAAAGGUCUGUGCGUAGAGAGAAAGAUUAUGGAAUCAAUGGAAUUGCUUAAGAAAAUGGUCGCCGUUGGUUGUAGGCCUAAUGUCAUCACUUGCAAUACUUUGAUGGAUGGAUUGUGUAAAACAGGGAAGAUAAGUGUUGCCACUAAGUUGCUUGAAGAAAUGGCUAAGGGAAAUGAAGAAUCUGGUGUUACUUGUAGGCCAGACGUAUUUACCUAUAGUAUUAUAAUUGAUUGUCUUUGUAAGGCUGGAUUAAUUGAGAAGGCUAGACAGUUAAUUUUUGGAAAUGAAGAGUUCGGGAAUCAGUCCGAACGUAGUAACUUAUAACAUUCUAAUUCAUGGUUUUUGUCGUCUGGGCGAUUGGGAGAUUGUUAAAAUUUUAUUUAUAUCGAUGAUGGAUCAAGGUCUGCAGCCUUGUGUGGUGACGUUUAGUGUGGUCAUAGAUUUUCUUUGCAAGAAAGGGAAAUUUGACGAAGUAAAUAGGUUGUUGCAACUUAUGAUUCAACAAGGUGUGGAACCCAACUCUUAUACUUACAACAUUUUAAUGAAUGGUUAUUGCUUGACAGGUAGAAUUCAUGAUGCAAGGGAGUUAUUGAAUUCUAUAACUGGAAAGGGGUAUAGAGCUGAUGUUGUUAGCUACACUACUUUAAUCAAUUGGUAUUGCAAGAACAAAAUAGUCAACAAAGCUCUUAGUCUUUAUCAAGAGAUGAUUUCAGAAGGGAUUAGGCCUAAUGUGAUUGUGUAUAACACAUUGAUCAAUGGGCUCUGUAACAGUGGAGAACUAGAAAAGGCAAAUGAGUUGUUGUCAUAUAUGGAGGAAAAAGGUUGUGCUCCAGAUGUAGUCACAUUUAGUACGCUCAUGUUUGGUUUCCUCAAAAAUAAUGAGAUGCCAAAAGUUGUUGAACUCCUUCAUAAAAUGGCAGAGAGAAAUGUGAAGCCGAAUGAAUUUAUAAUGUCCUUAGUCAUGCAGUUACUUAUGAAGGCCAAAAAUUAUUGUGAAUGUUUGAACCAGCUUCCUCAAUUUCUGGUCCAAAAGUGUUAAAACUCUUUUUGGAUCAGAAUCCUGCAAAAGUUUAUCCAGCUGCCCGAAUGCUCUAUUUUGGUUACGGUAAGAAGAAUUCUCAGUAAACACUUUCAUCUGUUCAAAUUUGACAGGGAUGGUGGUGGGGAUGAUUGAGAAUGAUGGCUUCCUUGAUCAGACACACGACCUGUGAUCUGUCUCUAUUGUAAGUGCAUAUAGUGGAGGUGACAGCGUUGCAGGCUGCGUCAGCAUUUGCACAUGAAGUAGGUCUUAAGGGUUUGAGGAUUAUUUCUGGUGCAAAUUUUAGUAAGCAAAAGUUUUGUAUGAGAAAUUGGGGAAUGGUUCUGACUUCCACUAUGAAAAUUGGUAUCCGCACAAGUUCAUCUGUUCAAGCUGAUCAGUUUCCUGG